AUGCAGUGUCAAAGUUCCCCAUCGUCAACGCCAGUCUCUGUCACAAAUCAUCUCCAAUCCGCCACGCUGUUCCCUACCGCGUCUAGAUUUCCUCUCCUUUCCCGCUUUCACGGUCUCACCGCUGCACGCACUCGACCCACGACUGCCGCUCGCUCGCUGAUCUUGACUGGCUACUCCCCGAUCGAUUCCAUUUCGUCCUGUUCUGUCAUGAGUCCCUCCGCUCCACCCGUCGGUUGGGACCCUGUUCGUACGGGAGGGAGAGAUGAGUUCGGCAACAGACACCGUCGCAAGUGGCCUCGAUCACGCCCAUGGCUCUCACCUGUGGUCGAGGAAGCUGCGGAAUUCCAAGCCAUCUCCUCAGCAGAUCUCGCAAAACGACCGUUUGGCUCCGCCCGCCGACGCCGGGAGCGACCUCGCGAGGUGACUCAUCUUCCCAUCCUCUCCCCAUCCAUCCUACCACUCCCCCCUGCUUACACCCUCUCUCUCAGCGGCCGCUCCACGCCCAUUCCAGAAAAUGCCCCCCCGUCGACCAAGUCCCUCUCGUCGGCCCGCAGGCUCGCCCGCGCGCAGGAGAAGCGUCGCAUCUUCCCGACCGUCGACUACGCCUCCCGCGUCUCCCACUUCGACCCGGCGAGCGACUACCGCGACUUCCAUGGCUUCUUCACUCUCUUCUGGAUCGGCCUCGCCAUCAUGGGAAUCACCACCAUGCUGCGCAACUUCAAGGACACCGGCCACCCCAUGCGCAUCAAGAUCUGGACCCUCUUCACCGUCAAGCUGUGGCACCUCGCCAUUGCCGACUUUCUCAUGGUUGCCAGCACCGCCCUGAGCCUGCCGCUGCACCGCUGGGCCAGGAGCGCGGCCCCCGAGAGCCUCGCCACCUGGAAGUACGGCGGCAUGGCCGUCCAGAGCCUGUAUCAAUCUGCCUGGCUCGCCCUUUGGAUCGGAAUCCCCUUCUGGCUCGAGUGGACCUGGACCUCGCAGGUCUUUUUCCUGCUCCACACCAUGGUCCUGCUCAUGAAGAUGCACUCGUACGCCUUUUACAACGGCCACCUCUCCGAGACGGAGAAGCGCCUUCGCGCCCUCGACAACCCCACCUCCGGUGCCGACCGCGCUCCCGCCUACGUCUACCCCACCGCCGACCUGCGCAAGGGGAGCGUCUCCGGCAUCCCUUCCAUCCCGGACCCCAUCAUCAGCCGCGAUCCGCCCGCCCCGGAAGCGUUGACCCGCGACGAUGAUGCCGACGGCAUCGCCGGCGCCGACGAGCUCGAGGUUCUCCGCGAGGACCUGGCCCGGGAGCUUAUCAGCCCGAUGGGCCAUGUCACCUACCCUAGCAACCUCACAUGGGCCAACUACUUGGACUUCCUCCUAUGCCCAACCCUCUGCUACGAGCUCGAGUAUCCGCGUCUCGAAACCAUCAACUGGACCUCGCUCAACGCCAAGAUUCUCGCCACCUUUGGCUGCAUUUUCCUGCUCACCAUCACCUCGGAGGAAUUCAUCCUCCCCGUCCUAGUCGAUGCCUCGCGACGCCUCGACGAGCUGCAGGCUUCGUCCGGCUCCCUCUCCGAGAUGCUGCUCAUCCUGGCCGAGAGCAUCUCUUGGCUUCUCUUCCCCUUCAUGCUCACCUUCCUGCUCACCUUCCUCGUCGUGUUCGAGUACGUUCUCGGUGCCUUUGCUGAGAUCACCCGCUUCGCCGACCGACACUUCUACGCCGACUGGUGGAAUUCAACCGACUGGAUGGAGUUUUCGCGCGAGUGGAACGUGCCCGUCCACUCGUUUCUGCGUCGUCAUGUCUACGGCGCGAGCAAGCCCCAUACGGGAAAGACGGGUGCCACCUUCAUCACCUUCUUCAUCUCGGCCGUCGGUCAUGAGAUCGUCAUGGCCUGCAUCACCAAGAAAAUCCGCGGCUACGGCUUCGUCUGCCAGAUGCUGCAGCUGCCCAUUUUCAUGCUGCAGCGGACGAGAUGGGUGAGAGGGAAGGAGACGCUGAAGAACGUUUUCUUUUGGUGCUCCAUGAUUUUGGGUCUGAGCUUGGUGAGUUCCCUUUCCAUGCCUACCGGUGUAUACCAGUUCGUAUUGCCUUGCUAA